AUGCCGAAGUCCCCCUCCUUGUCUCUGAACCUCAACCAGACCAACAAAGCCCAUCCCCACCCGCAGAACGGCGAAGGCCGCCGAAGUCCACAGAGCCCUAGAUCUCCCCGGGCCAGCCAGUCGUCCCGCUAUGAGAUGAGCCGCCACGAGCGAAACAUGGACUCGUACGCCGCACCAAAGUCGUCCCACUCACACACGGGGCCGGAAAGGUCUCCCAGGGCGCACGCCGUCAAAGAAGACGCGCCGAGGCCGCUGUUCGCAAACCCCAAGGCGUCGAAAUCUUCCACGAGGAUGGGUGGUGGAGACAAUGCGAUGUCGAUCAGACAGGUGUCGGAGGGUUCGUCAUUGCCAGAUAGCACAGCGCAGACGUAUCCGUACAAGCAGUCUUCCGGCUCAUCUCCGGAUCUGACAAAGUCGUUGGAGAAUUUGACCAAAUCGUUGGAAAGCGCAAGCAUAUCAAGCAGCACCGCUUCACAUGAGCAAGAGCGCUAUGACCAGCGCGCCCCAUCUUCACACGGUCGACUGCAGCAGAACACUCCACAAAGCUCACACUCCAACGACCAGUCCAGCUCGAAACGGCCCGGCCAAAAGCAUCGCUUCAACCUCUUGGCUCGCUCGCGCUCGAUCAGGUCCGACGACUACCUGAACAACGCGCACCAGCAGCAAAAGCCCGCCCGCUUCACCCCCGAGUCUGAGCAGCGUUACAUCAAGCGCCAACCCGACCAGAACGGGAUGAAGACCGCGCCGCUGAAGGAAGACAGAAGCUUCCGGGACAUGAUGCAGAACGCGCCGCGCAAUCGGUCGGCCGACCGGCACACGGAGCCCGACGAGGACACGGCCGCUCACCCGCGCGACAAGAACAACCCAUUCUCUUUCUCCAAUUCGUUCAAGGACAAUCCAGGCGCCGACUUCCUCAACAAUAUCAAGAAGUCGGGCACAAAGGCUGCCGACGGGCUGGGCAAGGCGGGCAAAGGCUUCUUCGGCAAACUCGCGCGCAGCGGCAGCUCCCACGAACGCGACCACGGGCCUGUUCUGGACGAGAACUACGUGUGCAAGGUCAUCAAUCUUCCGCUAGUCGAGCAGACGCGCAAGACCAGGAUCUCAAAGAGGCUUGCUGCAUCGAAGGACAAGACUGAAUUCUGGAUGCCUGCUUUGCCUUGGAGGUGUAUUGACUAUCUCAACAUGAAUGGCUGCGAAGAGGAGGGCCUGUACCGUGUCCCUGGCAGCGGCAAGGACGUGAAAUACUGGCAAAUGCGUUUUGAUAAAGAACUUGACAUCAACCUCUUCGACGAACCCAAUCUCUACGACAUCAACAUCAUCGGCUCCAUGUUCAAGGCGUGGCUCCGCGAGCUUCCGGAUGAAAUCUUCCCCAAGGCGACGCAAAAGAAGAUCCAGGAGAGCUGUGGUGACGCCAAGUCGACGCCACAGAUGCUCAAGGACGAGCUCUCGAAACUGCCGCCGUUCAACUACUACCUUCUGUUCGCCAUCACCUGCCACAUCAGCCUCCUCCACUCAUGCUCGGAGAAGAACAAGAUGGACUACCGCAAUCUCUGCAUUUGCUUCCAGCCCUGCAUGAAGAUCGAGGCCUUUUGCUUUCAGUUCCUCGUGCUUGACUGGCGCAACUGCUGGCAGGGAUGCUGGACAGAAAAGGAAUAUCUCGAGCGGGAGAUGCGCAUCCUAGAGCCGGAGAAGUACCCGCCGCAGCCAGCGCUUGGGCUGAGCACGCCGAACGGAAGCACGAGCCAGCUGGAUGACGAGCGUGCAGUUUCGUCGGGUAGCAGCAAACCUUCGACCAUCAACAGCUCGACCCCGGAGAGGCCGCGACCGCCCCCUCUCGAUUCGGUCAACUCGCGCGAAUAUGAAGACGAGGAUGCUACACCGACGCAGAGCGGACACAACGGAAUCCGCAACGAGCUGCCCAAGCUGUCUCCGAUGCAGCCUCUCUCACCAAUCGGAUCCAUCUGA